AUGGUCAUGAACUGGAUACUCUGUUCAUUCAAGAUGAAUGAGGCGAUGGAAGAAAUUUUGAAUGGAGGACCUUGGUAUGUUAGUGGAUUCAUUGUUGGUAUGGAUAGAUGGUGUCCUGAAUUCGAUCCUAAUUCUUUCAUGGGUAUAUCAGCCCCAGUGUGGAUCAGACUCCCGAACUUACCACUAUACUGCUGGGAUGAAGAUAAUUUGGCAAGGAUUGCUUCUUGUAUCGGAACACCUAUGUAUUUUAAUCGUAAUACAUUUCGAUGGGGGAAAUGUGAAUUUGCCUGUAUUUGUGUUAGAAUUGAAUUGGAGAAGAAGAUAUUAAAUGGUGUGUGGGUUGAAGGCUUGGCUGGCAGAUUUUUUCAACGUGUGGAAUAUGAGAAGAUUGAUCUUCUUUGCUAUCAUUGUAGCAAAGUGGGUCAUGAAGAAAAUUCUUGUCCAGAAAAUGUAUCAAUUGGAAUUCUGAAUCAAAAAAAUGGGAAGCCAGAUGAUGAUAAUAAGGCUGAUAAAUCUGAAGUUAUAGACGGGAAGAAAGUCAUUACUAAUUUAGAAUUUGGCCCAUGGAUACAUGUGCAGUUCAAAAACAAGAGGAGGUUGAACAGCAACUUUUUGUAA